GACGCGACGCGUUCCGUGUUCCUUCAUUGAUCCCGAGUCGAGAUUCUGCUCGAGCUCGACGCAACGCCUUCAACGCCUACCUCAACGCCUACCUCAAUGCCUACCUCUUGAUCCCCCCCAAGACACGCAAAACAGCGCCCACAAUGUCUGCGCACGACGAUCUGACCGAGGGCGAGCCACCUGCAAUCGACCCGUACGAGGUGCUCGGGGUCGAGCGCACGGCUUCCCCGGACGAGAUCAAGUCAGCAUACCGCAAGAAAGCGCUGAGAACCCACCCGGACAAGGCGCCGGAUGGCAAGAAGGAAGAAGCCAAGGAGAAGUUUCAACAAGUCGCGUUUGCCUACGCCGUCCUCUCCGACCCCGCCCGCCGCAAGCGCUACGACGAGACCGGGUCGACCUCGGAGGCGGUGGUCGACUCGGAGGGCUUCAGCUGGAGCGACUUCUACCGCGAGCAGUACCGCGACGCCGUCUCCGAAGAGGCGAUCGAGAAAUUCGCCGCCCAGUACAAGGGGUCCGAGGAGGAGAAGGACGACGUCCUGGCCGCGUACGAGGAGUUCGAGGGCGACAUGGACGGGGUCUACGAGUCGGUCAUGCUGAGCAGCGUGCUCGAGGACGACGCGCGGUUCCGGGAGAUCAUCGACGCCGCCAUCGAGUCCGGUAGGGUGCCGCGCUUCGACGCCUACGUGAGAGAGAGCAAGAAGUCGAGGCAGGCCCGCGUCAAGGCCGCCAAGAAGGAGGCACAGGAGGCCGACGAGCUGGCCAAGGAGCUGGGCGUCUACGACAAGCUGCGCGGCGGCGGGAACAAGAAGGGCAAGAAGGACUCGGAGGCCGCGCUCGCGGCGCUCAUUCAGCGGAACCAGGCGUCCAGGGCGAGUGCGCUGGACAAGCUGGCCGAGAAGUACGGAGCCGUGUCCAAGGCGGGCAAGGGGAAGAAGAGGGGCGCGAAGGACCUGGAGGAGCCCGAUAUCUCUGAGGAGCAAUUCCAGGCCAUACAAGCAGGCUUGAUGAAAAAGAAGCGCAAAUGAGGGGUUCUCUCCUGUCUUGGCUCGGCGUCUUGGGGGGGCUCUGUUGGGGUGUUUCUGGGUUUGGUGCGAUUUUUCUCUUUUAGAGUCUUUGAGUGGCUCGGGGUUUCAGGGUCUGAGGGUUCGGAACGGCGUAUAGGCGACUCGGAUAGUGUUUGACAUGGAGACACGGUUUGAGGGUUCAGAAUCAUACAAGUGAUGGUAACUACUGCGUUACAUUGGUGUAUAUGAGAAUUCGGGCCGGCUUUGGUGAUCGACAUAUGACCGAGCAGACACCAACUACGUCUUAUGGAAAUUAGUUAAUCACCUACUUCAUACGACAAGACGGA